CGCAAUAGUCCGCGGAGCCAUGUCGGACGACGGGGACGGUGGUACGGACAAUCCGGGCUUCAGCAACGACGAGGAGACGACCUCUUGCGGGAACUCGAGCAACUCGACGGCGAGCGCCGGCCACGGACAGGGCGCGGGUUCGAAGCCCGGCUCGCCGUUCGCCGGGGCCGCCAAUGGACGCGCGAAACACGAGACGAGGAUCGAACUGCCCGGAGAUGACGCCGAUGCUGCCAAGCAGAAUGGACACAGGUCCAAUAAUACCGACCCCGGCUACCUCAACACCACGACGACGUCGACGACCAAGAGCGCAUCCAAUGGCAGUAAUGACGUUGGCGACAAGAAGGAGCCGAUCGAGGCUGUGAAUCUCGAGCUGGUGUCGAUGAAACCGUACGCCGGCCAGAACAACAUGCAAAUGAAGAACCAGGAGGCCUGCGAAGUGCCGGUCGAUCCUUACGAGGAGUACUUCGUGCCCGUCAACGAGCACAAAAAGUGCAUCAGCAGAAGCCCCGUCACAGAAGUUGAAACGACCGUGGCAGGAGUUCGAUUUGAUUUGGGCCCGGGCGUCGGCCGCGAGGGACUCAGCCUAAGAGACCCGACCGCCGGACUGGUCGACUAUUCCCAUUGGCUAAACGCCCUCAGAGGAGAAAAACUCUACGUCACAAAGGACAAGAGGUCCACGGGAUCGUACUGGAGAAGGGCACUAUGUUACGGCUGUACCUUUUUCGUCAUAGCCAUUAUCGCUAUAGUCGUGAUAUUGGCAAAAACUGGCAUUAUUCUCACGCAAGAACCCACGCAGCCACUUGUCAACGUCGACAAAACUAGUUAUCGUCAGUUCAGUGACGUAAAAACGGCAGGAAGUCAAGAAUACGUGAAAAAUCCUCCUCCAAGUCCACCACCUGCAACAUCAACGUUUCCACCGUGGCCGACAACAGAUGAGACGAUCUAUAAACUUGUUCCUCGGGCAUUAGAAGGGGUUAUUAAAUUGGAUGAUUUCGAAUGGAAUGAUGAUAUGAACAAUCCAAAGUCGAGAGUGUACAGACACAUUGUGGAAGACAUAGAAAAUAGUUUAGUUGAUAUGUUACGUUUUAAUGAAAACAUACCGAUAAUAAAGGUUUAUUUUGUAUCCAAGGAUGGUGAAGUCAAGUUUAGAGUUGCACAACCAGUUUUUGAAAAACCAGAAGAUAACCAAAAUCAACUUGAGAACAAAUUCCGACAGAAUGGAAAUUCAAUUAGCAAAUAUCACGUCAAUCGACUAAAGGUUCGAUCACUAGUCGACGAAUGCUAUUCAGGAAGUAUAGGAUGUAGUUAUAAUUGUACGUACGAUUACACUGAAGCAAGGUUUACUUGUGUGUGUCCUGCAGGCAAAUCGUUACACGAAGAUGGCAAAAAAUGCGUUAGUUAUGAUGACCUGAGAAGUAUAGAUUUUCAAGGUAGUUUUUCGGAUAAUGUUCAAGGAAGAAGCAGAACGCCCGAUGACAUUUUCAAUGAUCACGAAGAUGAUUGGAAAAAUACUUAUUUUGAUAAACAUUUUGAUAAAAAGGCUACAUCACAUUCGAUGAACGGAUUCAAAAGUUCAGCUGAACCAGAAAGGACACCAAAAGUAGAGGUGGCAACUGCGGAGCCAGCAUCAGAACCUACAUCGAAACUUCCUUUAGAGCCUUCUACAGAACCACCAUCGAAACCUUCCGUGGAACCAAUAGCGGAGACUUCUGCAGAACCACCAUCAAAGCCUUCUGUGGAGCCAAUAUCGGAGCCUUCUGCAGAACCACCAUCUAAGCCUUCUAUGGAGCCAAUAUCGGAGCCUUCUGCAGAACCACCAUCUAAGCCUUCCAUGGAGCCAAUAUCGGAGCCUUCUGCAGAACCACCAUCGAAGCCUCCCGUGGAGCCUAUUUCAGAGCCAUCUGCAGAGCCCACUUCGAAACCUUCUUUAGAACCUGAAUUAGAGCCUUCUGUGGAACCAAUAUCGGAGCCAUCUGCAGAAUCACCAUCGAAGUCUUCUGUAGAGCCUUCUGCAGAGUCCACAUCAGAACCUUCUGCCGAACCGCCAUCAAAGCCUUCUGUGGAGCCUAUAUUGGAGCCUUCUGCAGAGCCCACAUCAGAACCUUCUGUAGAGCCUAUAUCGAAGCCUUUAGCAGAACCAUCAUCGGAACCUUCUGUAGAGCCUACACCGAAGUCUUUAGUGGAGCCCACAUCAGAACCUUCUGUAGAGCCUAUAUCGAAGCCUUUAGCAGAACCAUCAUCGGAACCUUCUGUAGAACCUACACCGAAGUCUUUAGCGGAGCCCACAUCGAAACCUUCUGCGGAACCUAAAUCGGAACCUUCUGCGGAACUACGACCCCAGCCUUCUGCAGAGCCCACAUCGAAACCUUCUGCGGAACCUAAAUCGGAACCUUCUGCGGAACUACGACCCCAGCCUUCUGCAGAGCCUACACCAGAACCUUCUGCGGAACCUACAUCGGAACCUUCUGCAGAGCCUACACCGAAACCUCUUGCAGAGCCCACAUCAGAACCUUCUGUGGAACUUGCAUCAAAACUGUCUGUGGAGCCUAUGUCGAAACCUACUGUGGAGCCUAUAUCGGGGCCUUCUGUAGAGUCCGCGUCUGAGCCCUCCGUAGAACCUACAUCAAAACCUUCUGCAGAGCCUACAUCGAAGCCUUCUGUAGAGUCUAUACCGGAGCCUUCUGCAGAGCCGACAUCAGAACCUUCUGCGGAACCACCAUCGGAGCCUUCCAUGGACCCCAAAUCGGAGCUUAUUGCCCAGCCUUCGUCGACGCCUUUUGCGCAGCCUACAUCGGAGCCUUAUGCCGAACCAAAAAGCACUGAGCCUAUUGCUAAGCCAAAAAGUGAGCCAAUAUCAGUUGUUGACACUAAAAUUGAAGACUCCACCUCUCAAUUUGAACCUGAUGUUGAAUCAUCCACGGAAAACACCGACGUUAAUGAUCUGAAGACUGAAUCUAUCAUUGCCGAAACAUCGAAAAAAAAUCCUGAAACCCCUCAAGUCAUAGAAUCAAGAAAUAGAUCAUUAAAUUCCAAGAAUUUACUCAACAAUACAGAUCACGUAAACACAUUAAUCACUCAGAAACCUAUUAUUGAAACUUUGUCGAAAAUCGAUUUGAAAAAUGAUAAAUCGAUUCACUUUAAUGAAUUUGAAUUUUCCACAAUAUCAAAUAAUGAACCAGUUAUAGGGCUCGUUAAUCAAAACGAGAGCCAUGAAAAUAAAACACUUUCUGAACAUAACGCAGGGAUAGAAACACUUUCAAAAAUGGCAGUUAAACCACAUUCUUUAGUAACACAGAAAAACGAUUCUGAAUCUAGCAUAAUAUAUAUAAAAAAAGCUCCUCGUCUUGACAAAGAUGAGCGAGAAAAUCCUAAUCCUUUUGAAUUUAAUGUGAAAGAUGUUGUAACUUUAACUAAAAAAGAUAAAAUAGACGGAUCGGUUGGUAAUAAAAUAAAAAUAAAAGGGAUUAACAAGACAAAUGAGGAAGCUACUGAGGACCAAUACAACGAUAUAAAUGAUGAAUCAGUUCCCAAAGAAUUUGAAAAGAAUGAUAUAGACACGUCCCGGAUUCUAAAGAAAGACGAAAAGAAGAGUCAUAAAGUUUAUAAAGAUAAAAAUGUUGAUUUUAUUAUUUUGAAAAACGAUGUGAAAUACAAUAAGUCAGCACCUGGAUAUACGACACCACUUUCAGUAGAAAAGGGUUUUAUCAAACCCUUGGAAGAUUCCAGCAUGACUUCUCAAAUUCCUAUUUUGCCCAUUGAAAUUCAGAUGGAAAUGUCAACGACUGAAACUAUCGAAAGAUCCGACGUUCAAACAACGACAUCUCCAGAACCAGAAAAAGAAACUGUUUCAACAACAAUUUUACCAAAAACAACAGAACAAAUCCCCGUAUUGCCAGAAGAGAUGAUAACGACAGACGUUAACAAACAAGAACAUACGGAAUCAACAGUAGCGUACGCGUCCGAAGAAAAGAUUGACAAGUCGCCGAGUGACAACGAAGAAAAAAAUGAUGGUAGCAAAAAAUCAAAGGACAUGAUAAAAACCACCGUUUCAAGUGAUGGCGAAAUUGAAAUGACGACCACAGACAAUUUUGUUGAGGAAAUUUUAUCCAAAACCACAUCCAAUUAUGACAUGUUUAACGAAACAACUGAAUCUGUAGCAGAAAAUAGUAUUAAACCGGUUUCAGAAUCAAUAGCGGACGACCUCAUGCCACAAACAGUUGGUUAUCACUACCUUUUCACCACUUCUACGGAAAAGCCCGUAUCAACAACAGAAUUCGAAGAACUAUCGGACGAACAGCUACGUGUCAUAUCCUUGGAGGAGAAAGAUAAAUUUGGAAAUGGCAUGAAGUCCGAUGAGCAGCAAGCAAAUCUGGAAACAGAGAAAGAACUCGAUCUAAAAAUAUCAGACGAAAAUGCCGAAAGUCCAUCAAACGCGCAUCGUGCAGUCACAAAAAGCAGUAGAAACAUUGACGAUGACAAUAUACCAAAACUGAUUUCAGGCACUUCGGUGUUGGACGCUUCAAAAAACUCAAACUUGACAAACACUGUCACCUAUAAUCACGACGCCGAUACCCAAAACGAAAACAGCACCGCCAAGUAUCCAAAUAUAAUUCCAGUUUCGGAGAAUAUAGAUGAAAGUAUCAAUUUCUUCACUGAUCCUCCAACCAUGAUGUUUAACAACGACAAUGUGACAACUAAUGAUUCACCAAAGACCGCAAAGAACGAGAGUGAACUGAAAAAUUCGAUAGUGCCAAAUAAGGUAACCGAUACUUCAGAAACUACCACGUCAACUUCCCCAACGAGCAUGGCCACAGCGAAUGACACGAAAGAACCCGAAGAUAAAGUCAACUCGGAUUCUCCGGUGUCAGUUUCAACAUCCAAAGAAGAGCCAUCGCCAGUUUUAUUCUCCAAAUGCAAGAGCGGUCAGUUCCAAUGCGUCAACGGGACCUCGAGAGACGGAGCUUACUGCGUCAGUCUUUCUGCCAAAUGUGACUCGGAGAACGACUGCUCCGACGGAUCGGACGAAACCAAUUGCCAAGAAGAAGGCUGCCCAGGCAACUUCCAGUGCGCCAGUGGCCAGUGCUUGAAACGACACCUCGUUUGCAAUGGUAUCGUGGACUGCGCCGACGGAAGCGACGAAAAGGACUGUCAAAAGUGGACUUGCGAAUUCGAUGAAUUCAAAUGCCCCAAUGAGAGGUGCAUACCAGUAGUGUGGCAGUGCGACGGUCGUCCCGACUGUGAAAACCACACGGACGAGUAUUCGUGCUCCGAUAGCUGCGGCAACGACGAAUACCUCUGCCCGACCGAAAAGUGGUGCAUACCUCAAACGUGGAGGUGCAACGGAGUGCCAGAGUGCGUCAACGGGGAGGACGAAAAGUUGUGCGAUUGUGCCCUCGAUCAGUUCAAAUGCGACACCGGAGGUUGUAUUCCCGCCGAGCAAUUGUGCGACGGAGUCGAACACUGCCCGGACAGGUCGGACGAGUGGGACUGCGUCGGUAGUUUCAGUAAAAACUCGUCGUCCAGUUCCGAUCCCGACAGAGACAACAAGGACAAUGAGUUCUCAACGCGGAUCAGUCCCCUGAAAAUAAGACGACGAAACGGAGAGUUCCAACACGUUUGUUCCGACGGCUGGUCGCAAGAGCACAGUCAACAGUACUGCAGAUCUUUAGGAUUUGCGGGAUCGGAAGUGACGCAGUUCGCCGAUCACGAGGACGAUAAAAGUUUGCUACGAUUGAUUUCCAGUGCGAGCCUCAACUCGUCUCUGGUCGUUAAUUUGGAGAGAGCCGAGUCGUGCGAGUCGAGGAAGAUUGUGGAAAUAUCGUGUCAGGAGUUCUCCUGCGGAUCCCACGAGAACAAUGGUCCCACCGCGAGAUUGGUGGGUGGCACGUCGGCCAGCGAAGGACAGUGGUCCAGCGUAGCUCUGCUCAAGGAGUCCAAGUACGGGGCCGCCUGCACGGCGAGCGUUCUCAGUCCGAUGUUUGCACUGGCCAGUUACUCGUGUAUUCACAGUCACAGACAGAGUAACGAUUGGUCGUUGUUUGUGGGAGGCAACAUGUUGAAGCCAUACAAAGUUAGGACCAUCGUGCCCUACCCGCAAGUUAAAUACAAUCAAUUUUUGUACAACAACGACAUCGCACUUGUUGAGCUGACCGAGCCUCUAGUGUUCUCGAGAAACGUCAGUGCCGUGUGUCUUCCAAGUCAAUCGUUCCAGCCGCGACAGCUGUGCGUCACGGCCGGUUGGGGAUUCCCCGUUAACGGAGAAGUGGAUUUGCAACAAUAUUUGAAGUUCUUGCCCGUGCCGAUUUACGAUUCCGACGAGUGUAACGCAACGAGCCACUACGCGGGCUACAUAACUAAGCACAACAUUUGCGCUGGAUUCACCGAUACGGACAAAGGGCCUUGCUAUAAUGACGAAGGAGCGCCACUGAUGUGUGUCAGCGAAACCGGGCGAUGGGAGAUUCAGGGCUUGCUUAGCCAUCACAGCAGAUGCUCAAAGGGUCAUCCUGCGAUAUAUUCGAGUUUGGCACCAGCCCUUUCGUGGCUGAGAAAUUCUGUACCAGCUUUACAAACGAAAUCAUGAAAUGAUAAUCUUUUUUUUUCCAAUUCUCAAUGAGACAAUCAAAAUUUAGCAAUUAAGUAUUUCCCCUGUAGGGCUUAAAAUAUUUAAAUUCACGAGUGCCAAACGGUAAACAAUACUUUUGAAGUUUAGCAUACACACAAAUAUUGAAACGUGAAACCUUAUGAAUUAUUUGAGGUAAAUACUUUACAGGCACACGUAAAAAUGUAUACUUUCACAAACUAAUGUAAAUACU